AUGGGCGCGCUACAUGAGGGGCAUCUAUCUCUUGUACGGAGAUCGUUAGCAGCCAACGACCUCACUGUGCUCUCCAUCUUUGUGAACCCUGCGCAGUUCGCACCGCAGGAAGACCUCGCGACGUACCCGCGCACCCUGCCGCACGACCUUGAGCUGCUAUCCACCGUGUCCGUCACUGUGCCGAACGGGUCCUCGACUUCCCCGGUUAUCCGCAGGCCGUCAGCGGUGUUCCUGCCUUCUGUCUCCGACAUGUACCCCACGGGAAUCUCGCAGGACGUUGCUACGCAGAAAGGCACCUUCGUCGAGGUGAAGGGCUACGGGCACCAGAUGGAAGGCAAGGCUCGACCCACGUUCCUCCGUGGCGUGGCGACGAUUGUGACGAAGCUGUUCAACGUGAUAGAGCCCACGCAAACAUACUUCGGGCAGAAAGACAUUCAGCAAGCUCUCCUUCUCAAGCGCCUCACGCGCGAUCUCCUCCUCUCUCAUCCUCUUCCUGAAAAUUUACACAUCGUGCCCACAGCGCGAGACCGAGCAAGCCUCCUCGCGCUCUCCUCACGCAACGCGUACCUCACCCCGCGCGAGCGCAAGUACGCUGCGCCUGCGCUGUACGCCGCGCUCCAGGCUGGCCAGCGCGCGUGGACGGCGGGGAGCAGCAAGGCGGAGUGUAUAGCGCGUGCGAUCGCCGUCAUUGACGAGACCUCGCCGAAGCUGGUGAGCGAUGCUGACGUGGAGCCCGUCGAGAUUCGACUGGACUACAUCGAGAUGAACGAUCCGGAAACGUUUGACGUUCUCCCGGAUGACGUGACAAGGCGGGAGUGGGAGACCCAGCUGCAGGACGGUGUGAAAGGGCGACCGGUGAUUCUCAGUGGGGCGCUGUGGAUUGGACGGACGAGGCUGAUCGAUAAUGUUAUUCUUGGCGACGGUAGGACGUUGGGCAUUAUUGAAUAG